AUGGAUGGGGCCGCUGCCAAAUUGGGCGCAGCACCGGGAGCCGCGAAGCCCUUUGGUUGCACUGAGGUCGACAAGCCAAAGGCGGCCAAGGCGAAGGCGGCGCCCACGUGCUGCGUCAACUUCGCCCUGUGCGCCCCCGGGAGCAGGUCCGCCUGGCUCGCCCUGGCCUUCCCCGAGGAGCACCCGGGCCUGGCGGCGCUCGGCGCCGGGGCGGGCCAGGAGAUAUUCUUGCAGCUUGACGGCACCACCAACCGCUCGGGGGACACGUGGCACGUGGAGAUCAGGCCGUCAUUUCCCGCCAAGGGUGCGAAGUACGCUUGGUUGCUGGAUCCGGCACUCGGCCCAGAUGGCUUCCCCUCGGCGGCGGCCAAGCGCAUCGUCGACCCUUGCGCGAAGGAGCUCGACUCCUCCAACGCGCAGCAUUGGAACGUGCGCGGCACCAGAAGGUAUUCGCCGUGGGCGGUGGUGCCAGACCCCCGCGCCAUGCAGAAGUUCGACUGGCAGGGCGUUCAGAGUCCGGGCCUGGCCAUGAAGGACCUCGUCAUCUAUGAGGCGCACGUGAGGGGCUUCACCGCGAACCCCGACAGCGGGCUGGCGGAGGGCAACGCAGGAACUUUCUUGGGAUUCGUCGAGAAGAUCCCUCACCUCUUAAAGUUGGGCAUUAAUUGCGUGGAGUUCCUUCCCGUGUUCGAGUUUGACGAGACGGCUUGUCCACGGAAGAACCCCUCGAACGGGGAGCAGCUCUGCAAUUAUUGGGGCUACUCCACCGUCGCAUUCUUCGUGCCCAUGCAGCGCUUCUCCAAUCGCGACCAGACCAGCGGGGCCAUCGUGGGCUUCAAGACGCUGGUCCGGGAGCUGCACCGCCAGGGCAUCGAGGUCAUUCUCGACGUGGUGUUCAACCACACCGCCGAAGGCACGUGGGGCGAGCACAAUUGGCACUCGAUGAGCGCGGUCUCCAAGCCCAGAUACUACUUGCUCAGCCACGGCAAGGAUACGAAUUACACCGGCUGCGGGAACACCAUGAACGCAAACGACGGCUUGUGCGCGGACUGGAUCUGCGAGUGCCUGCGCUACUGGGUCCGCGACAUGCACGUGGACGGCUUCCGCUUCGACCUGGCGUCCUCGCUCUGCCGCGGGGGCGACGGCCAGGUGCAGCGCGAGCCGCACCUUAUCAAGAAGAUGCUGAAUGACCCCGUGCUCAGUCGUACGAAGCUCAUCGCCGAGCCCUGGGACUGCUCGUGGCCGGACGGCUACCUCGUGGGCAAGUUCCCUUCGUGCGGGACCACUCGCUGGGCGGAGUGGAACGGCGUCUGGCGGGACACGGUGCGGCGCUUCAUAAAGGGCGACCCGUGCAUGAAGAGCGAGUUCGCGACCCGUAUGUGCGGAAGCAGCGACCUAUACAGGCACGACGGUAGAAGUCCGUUCCACUCCAUCAACUUCAUUACGGCGCAUGACGGCUUCACUUUGUACGACCUCGUCUCGUACAACGAGAAGCACAACCUCUGCAACGGCGAGAACAGCGGCGACGACCACAACAACUCUUGGAACUGCGGCCACGAGGGGAACACCGGAGACGGCAACAUCAAAGCGCUCCGAGAUAGGCAGAUGCGCAACUUCUUGGCGGCCCUGUUCCUCAGCAUCGGCACGCCGAUGAUGGUGUUCGGCGACGAGUACGGCCGCACGCAGCACGGCUGCAACAACGGCUGGUGCCAGGACUCGCUCAGCUGGUUCUCCUGGGACGGCUGCUCGGGGCAGGAGAGCAGGCUCCUCCGCUUCUGCCGCCUGCUCAUCGCCUUCCGCAAGCGGCACGCCCGCGUCUUCUGCCGCGACGGCUUCCUCUCCGAGAAGGACAUCUGGUGGAGGACCUACUGGGAUGAUGAGUACAGCUACCUGUGUUGGGUGCUGCACGAUAACCACGAUGGCAAGUACGACGGCAUCCUCAUAGCGUUCAACGCGGGGCACGAGACGAGGCGCUGCGACCUGCCGCCGGGCAAGGAGUGGUACCGCAUCGUGGACACGAAUCUUCCCUCGCCGAAGGACAUCUGCGAGGACGAGAAGAGCGCCACCAAGAUAGGCAGCGGCGACUACUCGAUGGCGCCCCGCAGCUGCAUCGUGCUGAAGUGCUUCGCGGACAAGGCGGGCGCCUACGACGCGAAGCUGGAGCAGGACUACCUCGACCAGCAGAGGCUUGAGGAUCACCUAGAGACAAUCGCGCAGAGGAGGAUGUCGAUGGAGUUCGACAUGCAGAGGACCAUGUCCCGGGUGUCGUUCUCGAGGCUGGUCAGCGACGAGGAGGCGGAGGAGACGUGGCAGAGAACGAUGAGCCAGUCGCUCAUGAAGAGGCAAAGCAUGAUGUCGGGCUUUAUCUUGGAGAUGGAGGGGCCCGACGGCGAGAAAGAGUUUGCUGUCCAGCGCCCGGACGGCCACCAGGUCCCGGUCAUCGGGCCAGACGGAUUGGUGGCAAACGGGCAGGCGGCAGUAAAGAAGAAGGCCGAAGCAGAGGCGGCGGCCAAGAGGAAGGCCGAAGCGGAGGCGGCGGCGCAGUUGAAGGCAGUCGAGGAGCUGGCGGCCAAGAGGAAGGCCGACGAGGAGCUGGCGGCCAAGAGGAAGGCCGACGAGGAGGCGGCAGCCAAGAAGAAGGAGCCCGUCGUCCUGGAAACCCCAGAGGCGGUGCGGAACCUUCUGUCCGGGAAGCGCGCGCUCCACGUCAAGGGUUUUGGCGGCGGCCUCGGAGACGUCCCCGAGGAGCAGCGGAGCGAGCAGCGGCGGCAGGACGAGGCCGCCGCCCAGGCCAUCGAGCGGUUCUGCCCGGACUUCCUGGUGGUCGACGGCAUCCCUGGGGCAGCGGGUUCCAGCGGUACAUCAAGGCCUAUGCGGACAGGCAGGUCCGCGCCGGGCUGGCCGUGCCGACACUCAUUUGGGUGA